GCUCCCAUGGUUGUAGGUGCUGAGUAAAUAAUCUUCAUCUUGAAAUAAAGCGAUUCCUUCAGAAAAGGCCUAAACCAAGAAACAAACAUUUGAGUUGAAAGUAGUUAAAUUGAUAUCUUGAUGAAAAAUGCUGACUCUAUCAUUAGACUUGCUGAGACAGUGUGUGCAGAGAUUGAGCUUACGGCAGAUGUCUUCUCUAUCAUUAGUUGCCAUGGAAUCAUCAAGUUUUCCAAACAGAGGACAAAGUUUUGGAAUUAUGAAGGAAACUGAGAAGAAUGGAAGGCCUUCCUCAAAUAAGGAAGGCAUUAUCUGUCCAACGAACUCCCUCACCUGUGUCAUAUUGGAUGUAUCUAUAUCAAAUCCCAAGUCAUGCCCUACAUUUCAUAAAACAGAGGUAGAAUUCCUCCUACCAAAUCCAUUAACAGGUUUUUAUACCGAGAAAGAGGCACCAACUCUUUAUGAUUCUCAUCUCAAAGAAGCUGUGGAUGAUCUAAGAAGACAAAGAAGUAGGAUGAACAAACAUAAACUACGUCGAUACCGACACGAAAAUUUGAUGGAUAUCAGGGAGCAUAGACACAGAAAGUUGGAGAAGAGAGCUAAAGAAGAUUUAAAAGUUAUCGAGAGAUUCAGGACUUAUUCUGCUAAUUUCAAUGCAGAGGAAAAAGUGAUGCAGGACCUGGAGACAGCUAGGAGGGGAGGGUUUUAUGUUGAGUGCUUUGGACCCAAUAGGGAGGAUAAGAAAAAUGCUCCCGCUCAAAUGGAGGAUAAAUCUUUAGAUAUUUUGUAAUAUGAUGUGUAUAACCAGAUAACAGUUUGUGAAUGACAGCAUAAAAUCCAUAAAUAAAAGGCAACAAUUCA